GAUUUGUCUUAGUGUGAUCAGUGUCACCGACCGGGCCCGUGUUGUGUCGAAAAGCAGACUAGAUAGUAGAUUUAGUCUCAACUUCUUCGGUUUGGAACUUGGAAGGUCUGUCUCUGGAUUUCUUCAGAUAAAUAGAUGGAUCAAAUUGUAAACGUGGAUGAGUUUCAAGAGCUGGCUAAACAAGCCCUUCCUAAGAUGUACUUUGAUUUCUACAAUGGAGGAGCAGAGGAUCAACACACUCUCAAGGAAAAUGUUGAAGCUUUCCGUAGAAUCAUGUUUAGGCCUAGGGUACUCGUUGAUGUGAGCAAAAUAGAUAUGUCUACCAAAAUAUUGGGUUUUCCCAUCUCAUCUCCCAUCAUGAUUGCUCCAACAGCAAUGCAUAAGUUGGCUCAUCCUCAAGGAGAAAUCGCCACUGCCAAAGCUGCAGCUGCGUGUAACACUAUCAUGAUAGUAUCAUUCAUGUCUACUUGCACUAUUGAGGAGGUUGCUUCCAGUUGUAACGCUGUUCGGUUUCUUCAAAUAUAUGUGUACAAGAAACGUGAUGUAACAGCUCAGAUUGUGAGAAGAGCUGAAAAAGCAGGAUUCAAGGCUAUAGUUCUAACUGUUGAUGUUCCCAAACUUGGUAGAAGGGAAGCAGAUAUAAAGAACAAAAUGAUAUCCCCGCAGCUGAAGAAUUUUGAAGGUUUAGUUUCGACCGAAGUCCGACCUAAUGAAGGUUCAGGGGUUGAAGCCUUUGCCGCUAGUACAUUUGAUGCUUCCUUAAGUUGGAAGGACAUCGAAUGGUUGAGAUCUAUUACAAAGUUGCCAAUCCUUGUCAAAGGGUUACUCACACGUGAAGACGCUCUUAAGGCUGUUGAAGCCGGUGUAGAUGGUAUAGUGGUAUCUAACCACGGGGCUCGCCAGCUUGACUAUUCCCCUGCUACAAUUACUGUCUUAGAAGAGGUUGUACAUGCUGUUAGAGGUAGGAUUCCGGUUUUGCUUGAUGGAGGAGUACGACGAGGAACUGAUGUUUUCAAAGCGCUGGCGCUCGGAGCCCAAGCUGUUCUUGUAGGGAGGCCUAUAAUCUAUGGGCUUGCAGCUAAGGGUGAAGAUGGAGUGAAAAAAGUGAUCGAGAUGCUAAAGAAUGAGUUUGAGAUUACUAUGGCCCUUUCUGGUUGUCCCACCAUUGAUGACAUAACCAGAAACCAUGUUAGGACAGAGAAAGAGAGACUUCACUCUAUGCUCUGAAGUCUGAUCCAACAAAAUCCGACAGUCGACCAACAGUACGUAUGAAAUACUGUCCAUGGCUCCAUCCACAUAAAUAAAAGGCUCAAAUUAAAGACAAGGGAUUUUGACCAAAAAAAAAAGACAAGGGAUUAUUACGUUUGGACUUUGUCAUGAUGUUGAAAGUUCCUCCUGAAGCUCCAACUGGGACAUACGAUACUCUCUCUCAAACAACAUGAACUCCUGCAUUUGUAAUGCAUCUAAAUCGAUCAGAUUAUUCUCAGUCACUAAGUUUGAAUGAUUCAUAUGCAGACAAUAUCUCAUUACUCAUAUUCCU